AUGUCCGGCCUCGAAGCCGCCGCCAAUAUCCUCGCCUUAAUAGGCGCAGCUCAAGACGUCAGUCGACUAACAGUGAGGCUACUCAAGCGCCUCAAACAUGCUCCAGUGGAGUUCAGAGCUCUGCUUGAAGAAGUCGAGAAUAUGCAGCUCGUGCUAGCCAGAGUGGAACAGACCCACGAGGCAUUGGAGAAAAGCCCUUCAGAUCUCAAGAGACUUAUCGAAGCUGCAGAGAGGAAAAUGCUUGUGGUCAACAGAAUGAUACAAGACAAACUCAUCAAACCUGGAAAAGCAAAUAAAGUGGACCGUUUUUCCUGGGUGAGGCAUUCCAGUAAAGCGAAACAGCUGGUUCUGGAGCUUAGCAGUCUUCGACAGAGUAUUGUAGAUGUACUGUCGGCUUUGAAUUGGUGGGUAAUUUCGCGUUUGUUCACCGUCGGGACUUGCACUGUGAUCUUUACAGUAUCAGAUCAAGACCGCCUAAACGACUUUUAUUUCAAGGGAUAG